UAUUUUUGAGACGCAGGAAAAUGAGCCGGUAAAUAUGGAAGAACUAGCUUUCAAGUUUGCAGUCACUAAUAUCAACAGAAACCGAACAUUGAUGCCCAACACUACAUUAAACUACGACAUCCAGAGAAUCAACUUGUUUGACAGCUUUGAAGCUUCCCGGAGAGCAUGCGACCAGCUGGCUCUUGGUGUGGCUGCAUUGUUCGGGCCAUCACACAGUUCCUCCGUCAGUGCGGUCCAGUCUAUCUGCAAUGCUCUGGAAGUUCCCCACAUCCAAACCCGGUGGAAACAUCCGUCGGUGGACAACAAGGACACAUUUUUUAUUAACCUUCACCCCGACUAUGCUGCCAUCAGCCGAGCUGUGCUGGACCUGGUCUUACACUACAGCUGGAAGAUUGUGACCGUUGUGUAUGAAGACAGCACAGGUUUAAUCCGUCUGCAAGAACUCAUCAAAGCUCCAUCAAGAUACAACAUCAAAAUAAAAAUCCGUCAAUUACCCUCAGGAAACAAGGACGCACGUCCUUUGCUCAAAGAGAUGAAGAAAGCCAAGGAAUUCUAUGUGAUAUUUGAUUGCUCGCAUGAAACCGCGGCUGAGAUUCUCAAACAGAUUCUCUCUAUGGGGAUGAUGACUGAAUAUUAUCACUACUUCUUCACAACAAUGGACCUGUUUGCCCUGGACCUUGAGCCAUACAGAUACAGCGGCGUGAAUAUGACAGGAUUCCGCCUUCUGAACAUUGACAAUCCUCAGGUGUCAUCGGUGGUUGAUAAAUGGUCGAUGGAACGUCUGCAAGCGCCACCCAAACCAGAGACUGGCCUUCUGGAUGGAAUGAUGACUACAGAUGCAGCGUUGAUGUAUGAUGCUGUCUACAUGGUCGCGGUUGCCACACAACGAGCCACACAGAUGACUGUCAGCUCUCUUCAGUGUCAUCGGCACAAACCUUGGAGAUUCGGACCCCGUUUCAUGAAUCUCAUCAAGGAGGCACGCUGGGAUGGUUUGACAGGUCGGAUCACCUUCAAUAGAACGGACGGCUUGAGAAGAGAUUUUGAUUUGGAUAUUAUUAGCCUGAAGGAAGAUGGCAUGGAAAAGGCUUCCUCCCCGCUGCAUGACCAGUCCCAAAACGCCGCUCCUCUUCGCCACCUGACUGGUAGCGGCCUCUCCGACUCACAUACAGGGUGCAUUGGAGAUUGGAGGAGGGUGCCGGCUGCUGGGGGAGCGAGGAAUGAGGCUGCUGGAGAAACUACUAGCCAUUUAAAUAAAGUAUGGAAAAAGGUUGGAGUUUGGAAUUCAAAUAUGGGUCUUAAUAUGACGGACAAUACAAAGGACAAAUCAACUAAUAUUACAGAUUCGCUGGCCAACCGGACGCUUAUUGUAACCACCAUUUUGGAGGAUCCAUACGUAAUGUAUAGGAAGUCAGACAAGCCGCUGUAUGGAAAUGACAGAUUUGAGGGCUACUGCCUGGAUUUGCUGAAAGAACUCUCCAACAUCUUGGGCUUUAUAUAUGAAGUGAAGCUGGUAGCAGAUGGCAAAUAUGGGGCACAGAAUGACAAAGGAGAGUGGAAUGGAAUGGUUAGAGAACUCAUCGAUCAUAAAGCAGACUUGGCUGUCGCCCCCCUGACCAUCACCUACGUUAGAGAAAAAGUCAUAGAUUUCUCCAAACCCUUCAUGACCCUCGGCAUCAGCAUCCUAUACCGGAAACCAAACGGUACCAAUCCUGGAGUUUUUUCCUUCCUCAACCCCCUCUCCCCUGAUAUUUGGAUGUACGUGCUUCUCGCCUGUCUGGGAGUCAGCUGUGUCUUGUUUGUCAUCGCAAGGUUCACCCCUUACGAGUGGUAUAACCCACACCCGUGCAACCCUGAUUCCGAUGUCGUGGAAAACAAUUUUACUUUGCUAAAUAGUUUCUGGUUUGGAGUUGGAGCUCUCAUGCAACAAGGAUCAGAGCUAAUGCCCAAAGCCCUUUCUACCAGGAUAGUGGGAGGUAUAUGGUGGUUUUUCACCCUGAUCAUCAUCUCUUCUUACACGGCAAACCUGGCUGCAUUCCUGACAGUGGAAAGGAUGGAAUCUCCAAUCGAUUCGGCGGAUGACUUGGCCAAGCAGACAAAAAUAGAAUAUGGCGCUGUCCGAGAUGGCUCAACCAUGACCUUUUUCAAGAAAUCCAAGAUAUCUACCUAUGAAAAGAUGUGGGCAUUUAUGAGUAGUCGGCAGCAGACAGCGCUGGUGAAGAACAAUGAUGAAGGCAUACAGCGGGUACUCACCACGGACUAUGCGCUGCUUAUGGAGUCCACCAGCAUUGAAUAUGUCACUCAACGGAACUGUAACCUGACCCAAAUUGGAGGCCUAAUUGACUCAAAAGGAUAUGGCGUUGGGACACCUAUUGGCUCACCCUACAGAGAUAAAAUCACCAUCGCCAUCUUACAGCUUCAGGAAGAGGGGAAAUUACACAUGAUAAAGGAGAAGUGGUGGCGAGGGAACGGUUGUCCAGAGGAGGACAGUAAAGAAGCCAGUGCUUUAGGAGUGGAGAACAUUGGAGGAAUUUUCAUUGUACUGGCUGCGGGACUCGUCCUAUCAGUCUUUGUAGCAAUAGGAGAAUUCAUCUACAAAUCCCGGAAGAACAGCGAUAUAGAACAGUGUCUUUCUUUCAAUGCCAUAAUGGAGGAGCUCGGAAUAUCACUAAAACAUCCGAAAAGACUAAAGAAAAAGUCAAAGGUCAAGACGCGAUCGACUUUCACCAGUAUGCUGACCUGUCACCAAAGGCGCAUAAUCAGGAAAGAGACAAUGGCAUAGAAACAAUGUCACUUAAUAUCGGCCGGGACUGUAUAGAGGGUUUUUUUUUUUAAAGGAUUGUGUCUCCUUUUUUUAAAUUCUUCUACAUGAUUUUUAUAACAAUAUGUGAGAUCGACACCACAUGGAGAAUGUGUAAGCCACAGAAAGGCUGCUGACUGGCUCACUGGAUCCAUUGAAAGUAACGUGUGAAUCUUUUCAAUACAUCAACUGCAGCAUUCCAUCACCACCAUGUACAAAUGAUCUGUGUGCUUUCUGAAUAAAACACAUUUUGUUUUUCAGUAUGAUG